UGUUAGUGACGUAAAAAAUUGUCGAAUAUUGUAUUGUCAAUUUCACAUUUUAUAUAUAUAAAGAAUGUGGAUUGCACAGCAAAACGGCUAUGGUUAUAUUUUAAUUCGUCAAGGAAAAAGGCAAAUAUUAGCCGAAGCUUUACUUUGUUGUAGCCGAGCUUUUACCUGUCGAAACCGGAAGUGACUGAAAUUCAAAAGUUUGGACGUCAUCAGCAAGUUGGCAAGCUGGUUAGGUUUAUAAACUUGUGAGAUUAGUUCACAAUCUCAGCUAAUAGCCGUGGUUGUUUUGCUAGCUAAAUAAAACAAGUCAUGUGUCACUGUAUAAACAUUAAACGUGAUUAGUAACGUUAACUAGCUUGCUAGCUGCAUCCAUGGUUCUGCUUUCUGAGAGUUUCCUUAUUGAAGUAGCCUGAGAAGUUAAAACAGAGCAAAAUGGACUCCGAGGUGUCUGUGAUGCUUCACUGUGCUCCAGGUCAGGGCUUUGAAGAGCAUCAAGUACAAGUAGAGAUCUCCAGCAGGUUCAGCCGCAGAAGUGUUCCUGAGAUCGAGAAACAUAUAGAAGCGGUGUGGAACGAGCGGGUGACCAAAGAACCGUGGCUUUUCAACGGGGCGAAAUUCAGACUGCAUUCAGCUCACCUCUCCACAACACAUCCUCGGACCUCUACAAACUUCUGCACCAUGGCAGGCGAUACUGCCGCACAAACCAUAAACUCGACCAAAUCAGCUGAGGGUGACGAACAGCUUGGAAACUGUUCGGCUCUGAAUCGUAUUUCCUUGCACUGCGGUGAAGGAGAGCGUGCCUCUCUGACAAUUAAUGCAAGAAGCAAGAAGAGCAGUUGCUGUAGAGAAACCGUAGGAGAACCCCAGAAAGAUGCAAGACCCUCGGAAGCGAAUGGUGCGAUCCUCCGAUUGCAGCUGGGUUUGACGUGUUAUAAAGACUUCUUAGGGACUAACUGGUCACAGGAGGCUGGGAACCUGCAGCAGCGUGGACGGCUGGAGGUGGGAGAUCCUCAGGCUUUGUUGGCGCAGCCUCUCGGCGUUGGUGCUGUCCUGCUUACCUCAGAUGGAAAGGUGGUGAUGCUGAGAAGGAGUCAGAGAGUCGCAGAGGCAGCGGGGCUCUUAGACAUACCCGGUGGGCAUCCUGAGCCUAAGGCUGUGUGUCAGGGGGUGAGUGAGGAGGACAUCAGCGUUGACCUCAUGCAGGGCUGUGAGAGAGCUGUCGUGGCAGAGAUCUUCUCCUCGGUGUGUGCUGAGGUCAGGGAUGAGGUAAAUGUUCCCCUGGGUUUUCUCAGCGCACCUGUUCUGAUGGGAAUAGCACUGAAUCACACCAGCGCAGGACGACCCAGUGCAGAGUUUUUUAUCAGGUGUUCUUUGACGAUGGAGGGCGUGAAGGAUUUUUACUGGCGCGGAGGCCCUGAAGCUCACGAGUCUACAGAUAUAGUGUUUCUGAGUAAAUUGGAGAUGCUGCAGUUGGAUGUGAAGUCGCCCUUGUGGUCAGAACUGUGUCCGUCGGCCAAAGGAGCAGUGCUGCUGUACCAACUAGUGAGACCUGAUCAGUCUUAAAGACAGCACCACACAUGUCGGUUUGUAAUGUUUAUAAAAGUCUUUCCAGGUCUCUAAUAAUUUCAAAGAUAUCUUAGAAAACAUUGCCAUACUAUGGAACUGGAAAGUUUUUGUUUGUUUGUUUGUUUCAGGCUCCUGUUGA